CAUUUCAAUAAAUAAAGAAGACGCCUCCGAAUUCCAGAAUUGUUUCUGUAGCAUAUUUGGUUUCAUCAGCCCACCAACCAACCCACUCGACGGAGUCUCCAACGCCUUCUUCAUUCUCCACUCUCACCAACUUCUGAUUCAGAUCUCCACGAUGCAAAGCUCCGCCGUAUUUUCCCUCUCUCCGUCGCUCCCUCUCCUAAAACCACGGCGGCUCUCUCUCCGCCACCAUUCCUUAACCACCGCUUCUUCCUCCUCCUCUUCAAGCGAUCUAAACAUUUCUCCAAAUGUUGUCUCUAUUCCUUCUUUAUCUCGUCGAUCUUGGCGUCUCGCUUCAUCUGAUUCGCCUCUCCGAGCUUGGUCCGGUGUUCCUUCUUCGAUCUCUCACUCUCUCGACACGAAUCGUUUCAAAACCGCCGCUACUGCAGUUCCUGAAAGUGCUGAGGAAGGAGAUAACAGUGGAAAAUUGACGAAGAUACUAGAACUUGGCUUGUUGUUUGCUAUGUGGUACCUUUUCAAUAUCUACUUCAACAUCUACAAUAAACAGGUUUUGAAAGCUCUACACGCUCCAAUGACUGUCACUUUGGUUCAGUUUGCAGUCGGUAGUGUGCUCAUUACUAUCAUGUGGGUUCUUAACCUGUACAAGAGACCGAAGAUCAGUGGUGCUCAGCUAGCUGCCAUCUUGCCGCUUGCUGUUGUGCACACACUUGGUAAUCUGUUUACGAACAUGAGUCUUGGGAAAGUUUCUGUUUCCUUUACUCACACCAUUAAAGCCAUGGAGCCUUUCUUCUCUGUGUUGUUGUCUGCUAUGUUUCUCGGAGAGACGCCUACUCCAUGGGUACUCGGUGCCAUUGUACCAAUUGUUGGUGGAGUUGCACUUGCUUCAAUUUCGGAGGUCUCAUUUAACUGGGCUGGAUUUUCGAGUGCAAUGGCAUCAAACUUGACUAACCAAUCCCGUAAUGUGCUGAGUAAGAAAGUCAUGGUUAAGAAAGAUGAUUCUCUGGACAACAUCACUCUCUUCUCAAUUAUAACAUUGAUGUCUCUCGUUCUGAUGGCUCCUGUGACUUUCUUUACGGAAGGCAUCAAGUUCACUCCUUCAUACAUUCAAUCUGCUGGUGUGAAUGUUCAACAAAUAUAUACAAAGUCUCUUAUUGCUGCACUCUGCUUCCACGCAUACCAGCAGGUGUCGUACAUGAUAUUGGCGAGAGUAUCACCGGUUACACAUUCUGUUGGAAACUGUGUGAAACGUGUUGUGGUUAUUGUGAGCUCUGUCAUCUUCUUCAAGACACCCGUCUCGCCUGUUAAUGCUUUUGGAACUGGGAUCGCCCUUGCGGGUGUCUUCUUAUACUCCAGAGUUAAGGGUAUUAAGCCAAAGCCGAAGACUGCUUAAGCAAAUAUCUGCUAAUACCUAAUGUCAUAUCACUCCCGCGCUUUGGAUUUUUAUACAAUUUCUCGAGCUGAAGUUUUCAGAUAGAUGGUUUUAUUCUUUUGCGGGUUGUUCACGAAGUUUCAUUAUCGCUUUUUAAGUUUUUCGCUGCAGCCAUGGGUUCUCUUAGAGUUUGUUAUAAGUUCUCUUCUGUGUCUAGACAAAUGCUAAACUCAUAAAUUUCUUACAGUUUU